CAGAAUAACCCGCCCCCAGCGGGAUGUGAAGGACUCCGGGUGAGGCCGACCACGCCCCGCACGGCUGGGAAGGCCACUGUGACUAUGUGGUAACUACAGUUAUCUUACGACGGAGUUUCCCACUGGAAUCAUGGAGGAGAAACAGCAGAUUAUAUUGGCUAAUCAAGAUGGUGGAACAAUGGCAGGAGCAGCACCUACCUUUUUUGUCAUCCUCAAACAGCCAGGAAAUGGCAAAACUGAUCAAGGAAUUUUGGUUACUAAUCGGGAUGCCUGUGCUUUGGCUAGCAGUGUGUCAUCACCAGGAAAAUCUAAAGGGAAGAUUUGUCUUCCAGCUGAUUGUACUGUGGGAGGAAUCACUGUCACCCUGGAUAACAAUAGUAUGUGGAAUGAAUUCUAUCAUCGAAGCACAGAGAUGAUUCUGACCAAGCAGGGAAGACGCAUGUUUCCAUAUUGUCGUUACUGGAUAACAGGUUUAGAUUCAAAUAUGAAGUAUAUCCUUGUCAUGGAUAUAUCUCCUGUGGAUAACCAUCGUUAUAAGUGGAAUGGGCGCUGGUGGGAACCAAGUGGGAAGGCUGAGCCCCAUGUUUUGGGGAGGGUUUUUAUUCAUCCAGAAUCUCCUUCCACAGGUCAUUAUUGGAUGCAUCAACCAGUUUCUUUCUAUAAACUCAAACUUACCAACAAUACACUGGACCAAGAAGGGCACAUCAUCUUGCACUCUAUGCAUCGGUACCUGCCGAGGCUUCAUUUGGUGCCUGCAGAAAAGGCUACUGAGGUGAUACAGUUAAAUGGCCCUGGUGUCCACACUUUUACCUUUCCACAGACUGAAUUCUUUGCAGUAACAGCUUACCAGAACAUUCAGAUUACCCAGCUGAAAAUAGAUUAUAAUCCAUUUGCUAAGGGCUUCCGGGAUGAUGGGCUGAAUAGUAAGCCCCAAAGAGAUGGAAAGCAAAAGAACAGCUCUGACCAGGAAGGGAAUAGUGUUCCCAGUUCUCCUGGUCAGCGGGUCCGUCUUACAGAAGGUGAGGGGUCAGAGAUACAGCUAACUGAUUCAGAUCCUUUAUCGAGGGGUCAUGAAACAUCAGGCAAGUGUUUGGAGAAGCCUUCUCUCAGUAUAAAACGGGACUUUCUUGGUUUCAUGGAUAUUGAUUCAGCCCUUGGUGAAGUUCCUCAAUUGAAACAAGAGGUUUCUGAAAGUCUCGUUGCCAACAAUUUUGAAGAUGGUUCCCAUGUAGUGUCACCAUUAGACGCGAAUGGAAACUUCAAUGUUGUUAUUAAAGAGGAGCCUGUAGAUGAUUAUGAAUACGAACUUGCUGAGUGCCCGGAAGGGGUAACUAUAAAACAGGAAGAGACAGAUGAGGAAACAGAUGUAUACUCAAACAGUGAUGAUGAUCCUAUACUAGAGAAACAGCUAAAGAGGCACAAUAAAGUUGAUAACCUAGAAGCUGACCAUCCGUCUUCUAAAUGGCUACCAAAUAGCCCAUCAGGUGUUGCUCAAGCUAAAAUGUUCAAGUUAGACGCUGGAAAGAUGCCAGUAGUCUAUCUGGAGCCCUGUGCUGUCACCAAAAGUACAGUGAAGAUUUCUGAGCUCCCUGAUAACAUGCUUUCCACAUCUCGAAAGGAUAAAUCUUCUGUAUUGACAGAAUUAGACUAUUUGCCUACGUACAUUGAAAAUUCCAGUGAGACUGGCUUCUGCUUAGGCAAGGAAUCAGAAAAUGGUCUUAGAAAACAUUCACCAGAUCUCAGAGUGGUACAGAAAUAUCCCUUACUUAAAGAGCCUCAAUGGAAAUAUCCUGAGCUAUCUGACAGCAUUAACACAGAAAGAAUACCUGACAGUUCAAAGAGUUCAGCUGGGGACCCAUUUUUAGGAAAAGAGGACUUGGGCAGAAGAAGAACAACUGUGCUUAAGAUUUCAACAGCCUCCAAGGUUGUGAAUGCUAAUCAGAAUGCCCCUUCAAAUGUCCCUGGAAAAAGAGGAAGGCCACGAAAAUUGAAACUCUCUAAGGCAGGGCGACCACCUAAAAACACAGGAAAAUCUUUAACUUCUACAAAGAACACUCCUAUGGGUCCUGGGAGUACCUUUCCAGAUGUGAAGCCUGAUCUGGAAGACGUGGAUGGUGUUCUCUUUGUUUCCUUUGAAUCGAAGGAAGCUCUUGACAUUCAUGCAGUUGAUGGGACAACUGAAGAACCCUGUAGUCUUCAGGCAUCAACCACAAAUGACCCAGGUUGCAGAGCAAGAAUUUCCCAGUUGGAAAAGGAAUUGAUAGAAGAUUUGAAGGCCUUGCGGCAUAAGCAGGUGAUACAUCCUGGUCUUCAAGAAGUGGGCUUAAAAUUGAAUUCAGUGGAUCCGACAAUGAGCAUUGAUCUUAAGUAUUUGGGAGUACAGCUACCUUUGGCUCCAGCCACUAGCUUUCCUUUCUGGAACCUUACGGGAACCAACCCUGCCUCUCCUGAUGCUGGGUUUCCCUUUGUUUCUAGGACAGGGAAGACCAAUGACUUCACCAAAAUCAAGGGAUGGAGGGGAAAGUUUCAUAGUGCUUCUGCAUCUAGGAGUGAAGGUGGAAAUUCAGAAGGUCCACUGAAAAACCGUUCUGCUUUCUGCAGUGAUAAGCUAGAUGAGUACUUGGAAAAUGAAGGCAAGCUGAUGGAAACAAGUAUGGGUUUCUCUUCUAAUGCUCCCACAUCUCCUGUGGUAUACCAGCUUCCCACCAAGAGUACCAGCUAUGUACGAACGCUUGACAGUGUACUAAAGAAACAAUCUACCGUUUCCCCUUCUACCUCCUACUCUUUGAAACCUCAUUCUGUGCCCCCUGCUUCUCGAAAGGCAAAGUCUCAAAACAAACAGGCAACUUUUGGUGGCCGAACUAAAUCAUCUUACAAAUCCAUUUUACCCUACCCUGUUUCACCAAAGCAGAAACAUGCUCAUAUGAUUCCAGGAGAUAAGGUUGCCAAGAAUUCUUCAAGUACCAUCUCAGAAAAUCAGGUGAAUAACUUUGUUGUGCCAACUUUAGAUGAAAAUACAUUUCCAAAGCAAAUUAGUUUGCGGCAGGCACACCAGCAGCAGCAGCAACAGCAACAGGGAACUCGCCCUCCAGGCUUGUCUAAAUCUCAAGUGAAGCUAAUGGACCUGGAAGACUGUGCACUUUGGGAAGGAAAACCAAGGACCUAUAUCACUGAAGAGCGAGCGGAUGUAUCCUUAACAACGCUGCUUACUGCUCAAGCGUCUCUCAAAACUAAACCCAUCCACACAAUCAUAAGGAAACGAGCCCCUCCAUGCAACAAUGACUUCUGUCGAUUGGGUUGCGUGUGUUCCAGUCUAGCUUUGGAGAAGCGCCAGCCUGCUCACUGCCGCCGACCAGACUGCAUGUUUGGCUGCACGUGUUUGAAAAGAAAGGUUGUACUUGUUAAAGGAGGCUCCAAAGCUAAGCAUUUCCAGAGGAAAGCUGCUCAUCGUGAUCCAGUAUUUUAUGAUGCUUUGGGAGAGGAGCAAAGAGAAGAAGAAGAGGGAGUCAGGGAGGAGGAAGAACAAUUGAAAGAGAAAAAGAGGAGAAAGAAGCUAGAAUACACUAUAUGUGAAACAGAGCCUGAGCAGCCUGUUCGACAUUACCCAUUAUGGGUGAAAGUAGAAGGUGAAGUAGAUCCAGAGCCAGUUUAUAUCCCAACACCUUCUGUCAUUGAGCCUAUGAAGCCAUUGUUGUUGCCUCAGCCAGAAGUUUUACCUACUACUGUGAAGGGCAAAGUGCUCACUGGAAUUAAACCUGCACGGGCAUAUACUCCCAAACCCAAUCCUGUGAUUCGGGAAGAGGACAAGGAUCCAGUCUACUUGUACUUUGAGAGUAUGAUGACUUGUGCCCGAGUUCGAGUAUAUGAACGAAAAAAAGAGGAACAGAGACAACCGUCACCAUCACCAUCCCCAUCAUUUCAGCAGCAGGGCUCAUGUCAGUCUAGUCCCGAGAACUGUAGUGUAAAGGAGCCUGAUUCUGAACAGCAGCCCUUGAAACCAAUCACCUGUGACCUAGAGGAUGAUUCUGAUAAAUCGCAAGAAAAAAGCUGGAAAUCUUCCUGCAAUGAAGGGGAAUCCUCUACCUCCUAUGUGCAUCAGAGGUCACCAGGUGGUCCCACCAAACUGAUAGAAAUCAUCUCAGACUGCAACUGGGAGGAGGAUCGGAACAAGAUUUUGAGCAUCUUAUCCCAGCACAUCAAUAGCAACAUGCCACAGUCACUUAAGGUGGGCAGCUUCAUCAUUGAGUUGGCUUCUCAGCGAAAGAGCCGGGGUGAGAAGAACCCUCCUGUUUAUUCUUCUCGUGUGAAAAUCUCUAUGCCAUCAUGCCAAGACCAAGAUGAUAUGGCUGAGAAAUCUGGAUCAGAGACUCCUGAUGGUCCAUUAUCCCCUGGGAAAAUGGAUGAUAUCUCUCCUGUGCAGACAGAUGCCCUGGAUUCAGUGAGGGAGAGAUUACAUGGAGGCAAAGGUCUGCCUUUUUAUGCAGGGCUUUCUCCUGCAGGGAAGCUUGUGGCCUAUAAACGUAAACCCAGUUCAAGCACAUCUGGGCUUAUCCAGGUAGCAUCCAAUGCCAAGGUGGCUGCAUCCAGGAAACCACGUACCCUGUUGCCUUCAACAUCCAAUUGCAAAACGGCAUCCUCCUCUGGCGCUACAACAAAUCGCCCUGGGAAGAAUCUGAAGGCAUUUGUCCCGGCAAAAAGACCAAUUGAAAAUGCCCCUCAGAUCCCAGUGGCUACUCCCCAGGUCUCUCCUAACACAGUGAAACGUACUGGACCUCGAUUGUUGCUGAUUCCAGUGCAGCAAGGUUCUCCUACUCUUAGACCUGUCCCAAACACACAACUUCAGGGGCAUCGGAUGGUUUUGCAGCCUGUUAGGAGCCCAAGUGGAAUGAAUCUAUUCAGGCAUCCUAACGGGCAGAUUGUUCAGCUCCUCCCUUUGCACCAGCUUCGAGGCUCUAAUACCCAGCCCAGCUUACAGCCUGUUAUGUUUCGGAACCCAGGCUCUGUGAUGGGAAUUCGGUUACCCACUCCUUCCAAACCUUCAGAGACUCCACCAUCUUCUGCUUCAUCCUCUGCUUUCUCUGUUAUGAACCCUGUAAUUCAGGCUGUUGGCUCGUCUCCACCAGUGAAUGUUAUCACUCAGGCACCAUCAUUGCUUUCUUCUGGACCUAGUUUUGUGUCUCAGUCUGGUACAUUGACCCUGAGGAUUUCCCCUCCUGAACCACAAAGCUUUGCAAGUAAAACAGGCUCCGAAACCAAAAUAACUUAUAGUUCAGGAGGGCAGCCUGUUGGUACAGCCAGUCUUAUUCCUCUCCAGUCUGGUAGUUUUGCUUUGUUGCAGCUCCCUGGACAAAAGCCUGUUCCCAGUUCCAUUCUUCAACAUGUUGCUUCUCUUCAGAUGAAGAGAGAGUCUCAGAGUGCAGACCAGAAAGAUGAAACAAGCUUUUUAAAAAGAGAGCAGGAUACUAAGAAGGCCCUACAGUCAGAAGGAGAAACUAUAGAUUCUGAAGCUAAUGUAAUAAAGCAAAACUCAGGGGCUACUGCCUCAGAAGCAAUCCUGCAUGAUUCUGUGGGAGAUGGGGGUGAUCAUUUGGAUGAAGAAUCUCUUACAGAAGAGGGUCCUAUAACUGUUAAACCUUCUCAGCACUCCUGUAUCACUGGGUCACACAUAGGUGAAGACUAUAAAGAUGUUGAUGAAGAGUAUGGGAUUAGAAAUCAUAAUAGUUCCAAAGAAAAAGUGACUGUUCUAGAAGUUAAGACCAUUUCCAAAAAAGCCAGCAAUGUGACAGUCCAAAGUAUAAGUAAUAUACAGCUUAAACAGCUGGGUGAUGUGAAAGUGGAACAGCAGAAAGGAUUGGAAAAUCCAGAGGAAAAAUCAAGUGAAUUUCCAAUCAUCUCUAAGGAAGGUAAACUCGAAUUAUCAGGGAGCAAAGUUGUGGAGCAGCAAUCUCUUCCACAGCCAGAGGCCAAGGAAAAGGGAUGUGGAGACUCUCUGGAGAAAGACAGUAUUAGGGAGAGAUGGAGAAAACACCUGAAGGGCCCCCUGACCCAGAAAUGUGUUGGAACUUCACAAGAAUGCAAGAAAGAGGCAGAUGAGCAGUUAAUUAAAGAAAUAAAGACCUGUCAGGAAAAUUCUGAUGUGUUUCAACAAGAACAAGGCAUCUCUGAUCUACUUGGAAAAAGUGGAGCUACUGAAAAUGUCAGAGUUUUAAAAACUGAAUGUGAUUCUUGGAGUAAGAUUUCUAGUCCUACAGCCUUCUCCAUUGUUCCGAGGAGAGCUACAAAAGGGAGCAGAGGGGAAGGACAUUUUCAAGGUCACUUACUGCUGUCAGGAGAACAGAUACAAUCAAAGCAAGAGAAGAAGGGUGGGCGAAGCAGUGCUGACUUGACUGUUUUGGAUUUGGAAGAGGAGGAUGAGGAAGAUGAGAAUGAGAAAACCGAUGAUUCUAUUGAUGAGAUUGUGGAUGUUGUUUCUGACUACCAGAGUGAGGAGGUUGAUGAUGUAGAAAAGAGUAACUGUGUAGAAUACAUUGAGGAUGAUGAGGAACAGGUGGACAUUGAGACUGUGGAAGAGCUCUCUGAGGAAAUUAAUGUUGCCCACAUGAAGACCACAGCUGCCCAAACACAGACUUUCAAACAGCCGUGCCGUACCCAUAUCUCUGCAGAUGAAAAAGCUGCUGAAAGGAGUCGAAAGGCUCCACCAAUUCCUCUGAAACUGAAGCCUGAUUACUGGAGUGAAAAACUCCAAAAAGAAGCAGAAGCUUUUGCUUAUUAUCGCAGGACACACACCGCCAAUGAGCGUCGUCGGCGUGGUGAAAUGAGGGAUCUCUUUGAGAAAUUGAAGAUCACAUUGGGAUUGCUGCAUUCUUCCAAGGUUUCCAAAAGUCUCAUUCUCACUAGGGCAUUCAGCGAAAUUCAGGGACUAACAGAUCAGGCAGACAAGCUGAUAGGACAGAAAAAUCUUCUGACUCGAAAACGGAAUGUUUUGAUACGGAAAGUCUCAUCUCUUUCAGGUAAGACAGAAGAAGUGGUCCUGAAGAAGCUAGAGUAUAUUUAUGCAAAACAACAAGCACUAGAGGCACAAAAAAGAAAAAAGAAGAUGGGAUCAGAUGAGUUUGAUGUGUCUCCCAGAACUAGCAAACAGCAGGAAGGAUCUUCUGCAUCAUCUGUAGAUCUUGGACAGAUGUUUAUAAAUAACAGGAAGGGGAAACCUUUGAUUCUUUCCAGAAAAAGAGACCAGGCCACAGAAAAUACCUCCCCCUCUAACACUCCACAUACCGCGGCCAACAUCGUGAUGACUCCGCAAGGGCAGUUACUCACCUUAAAAGGUCCUUUAUUCUCAGGACCAGUGGUAACUGUUUCUCCUGCUCUCUUGGAAGCAGAUCUGAAGCCUCAAGUUGCUACCAGUGCUGUGGCUCAGUCAGAAAAUGACGACUUAUUUAUGAUGCCAAGAAUUGUUAAUGUGACAUCAUUGGCCACAGAAGGAGGUUUGGUAGAUAUGGGUGGCAGCAAAUAUCCUCAUGAAGUUCCUGAUGGCAAGCCAUCUGACCACCUGAAAAGUACUAUCAGGAAUGAAGAUAACUCCUUUGAAGAUUCGGGUAGAAUCUCUUCCAGAAGCAACCAUAGAGAUGGCAGAAUGGCAUUGGGUCCAACACCAGUUUUUCUGGCAAAUAAAGAUUCUGGUUUUCCACAGAUAGUUGAUGUUUCCAGUAUGCAAGAAGCACAAGAGUUCUUACCCAAAAAGAUUUCUGGUGAAAUGAGAGGUAUUCAAUAUAAAUGGAAAGAGUGUGAAUCUAGACGGGAGAAACUGAAGCCAAAGGAGUCUACGUUUCAUAAAUUGAAGAUGAAAGAUCUCAAAGACUCAAGUAUAGAGAUGGAACUGAGAAAAGUAGCAUCUGCUAUAGAGGAGGCAGCGUUGGAUCCAAGCGAACUGCUGACGAACAUGGAAGAUGAGGAUGAUACUGAUGAGACACUGACUUCAUUGCUCAAUGAGAUUGCCUUUCUUAAUCAACAACUAAAUGAUGACUCUGUUAGCCUGGCUGAACUGCCCAGCUCUAUGGAUACAGAGUUCACAGGGGAUGCUCGACGGGCUUUUAUCAGUAAGCUUCCUCCUGGGAACCGAACAACUUUCCAAGUUGGCCACUUGGGAACUGGUUUGAAAGAGUUACCCGAUGUACAAGGGGAGAGUGACUCUGUCAGUCCUCUCCUCUUGCACUUGGAAGAUGAUGACUUUUCCGAGAACGAAAAACAACUUGCUGAACCAGCCUCUGAGCCAGAUGUCCUUAAGAUUGUUAUUGACUCUGAGAUAAAGGAGUCCCUCCUUUCCCAUAGGAAAGCCAGUGAUGGAGGGAAGAGUACUUCUGGCGUCCCUGCAGAGCCUGAAAGUGUAUCCUCGCCUCCUGUUCUACACAUGAAGGCUGGCCUAGAGAACAGCAGCACAGAUACUUUGUGGAGGCCUAUGCCAAAGUUGGCACCUCUAGGUUUAAAAGUAGCUAAUCCUUCCAGUGAUGCAGAUGGUCAGGGUCUCAAGGUGAUGCCUUCUUUGGCACCUGUAGCUGCCAAAGUUGGAUCGGUUGGACACAAAGUGAACUUAACAGGGAAUGACCAGGAAUGCCGGGAGAGCAAAGUGAUGCCUACACUGGCACCUGUUGUGGCCAAAUUGGGCAACUCGGGGGCCUCACCAAGUUCUGCAGGGAAAUGAACUUAUUUGUCCUCAGGCAGAAGCCAGGCUAUGAGGGAAACCUCCUUUCUCUGUAGGCAUCUGUUUGUGUCAUGGAACUGUGAUCCUUGACUUUGAUGCGGUGGAUAAUGGUAGAGAAAGGGGGGUAGGGUGCUGACCUCGAUAUUAGAAAUUACUACUAUGAAAUUCUGAUCAUGUUAAAAUGUGUUACCUCACUUGUGGUGCUGGGUCUCCUCAUCCUCUCUAAGAAGAUGUGAUCCAUUACUGAACACGAGGUGCCCCUCUUACCCAAGGAAUUCAUAACAAGACUCUAGGUCCAUAGUGGUUCCUAGUUCUUCCCUCCCAGAGAAAAAGCUGCUUGAGACUUUGGAGUUGCUAUGGGCUGACCUGUAGUGGAUAGCUGUUGUUUUAAGUGGUUUAAGUCUGAAAUCCAAGGAAUGUGAUGCACUUGUGCGAAGGGAUCUAGAAGAGAGAGUUUUUAGUUGGUGUUUCAAGAGUAGCGGGAGAGAGGAUGGGUACCAUGGAAUACCAAAGUGAAACACUUUGUGUCAUUCAGCAAAAUUUUCUCUUCUUUCAUAUCCCAAGUAGCUUCCAUUCCCUUUUCAAUCAGAAUUAUAAAUCCAAGCCUUCUGGUAACGUAGGAAUGCUUUUAACUUUAAUACUAAGGUGAUUAUUUUGAGAUGUUAAGGAAAAUACUAGUUCUCCUUUACUGUCUGGGUGUUGAAAGACAUUUCACAGUAUCAGGGAUUUCUACCUGGAAUACAUAUUUUGGAGGUAGGCACAGAGGGAGCUCUCCCCCUUUCACAAAUCACAUCACUCAAGAGACAGCUAAAAUGAAAAGCAUUCCCUGCCCAGACCAGAGACAGUGGCCAAAACAAAAAAUUGUGGGGCUGGAUGUUUCCCAAAUCAAACCAGCCUCCUGGUGCUUGAAGGUUUCAUUCACUAUUACCUGCACAGGAUGUAAAGAAAAGAAAAGUCACAGUAGGCACUCUUUACCAGGGAAAUGAGGCAGUAUUUGAAUCACGAGAUAUAUUUUUUAUUAUCUGCUACCAUGGAUUCAAUGAUCUGUAGAGCUUUUUCACUCAUUAGCUGUCAGGGUAUGAAGGACUGACAGCCUGUAAAGAUAAAGAUAUUUAUAUUUUUGUAUAGUUGUUUUCAUAGAUUUCUCAAAGGCUGAAGUUUUCAACCUAGAAGAUGAGAUUUGUAUUGAGUAUAGAAAUGACGUUUCCUAUCUAGUUUGUAAAUAAUCAUGGUGCACUUGAGGGGUCUCUUGGAAACUCCUGGGGGCAAGAAUCACUAUUCUGAAAAUGUAUAGAUUGGGAUUUAGCUGCUGCAUUUUGCCUUUCUUAAAUAAUUAUAUUUUGGAAUGUAACCCCUGUUCUGUCUUCAUUGACAGGAUUUGCUUGUGUUGUGAAACACUAACACAAGAGCUUCCAGUGCCUGGGCUGUGCCUAGGUGAUGCUAUUUCUUCUGCAUUCUCCCCCUCCCCCACCCCCCUUUGCCUUCUUUAUGCCAAAUCCCACUCAGCAUAUCUUCAGACAUAGGUUGUGAGACCAGCUUUGGAAUGGUUCUAGCCAGUGAAUUAGUACUUCCAUGGUUGGUUCCUUUCUAGUAACUCUGGUAAUCAGCAGAUUGAAAAAGAGUGGAAAAAUUUCCUCUGCAAAUUGCAGUGAGAGCAAAUUCUUUGUUGGUUUUGUGUUACUUGCCUUUCUAGACCUGCUCAUCAGCAUUCAACCUUCCCUCCUUUAAAGGUUUUUGAAGAAGCUUGAAGUAGGUAAUGAGUGCCCCUCAGCUUCUCAUUAUCCCUCCCUCUCCUCUUUACCCAGCAGAUUUCAUUCAAUGCCUUAGCCAAGGAGUCCAGCACCUGUCUCCCCUGCUAAUAAUUGUCCUUGGAGAUCCUAGUACUUUAAUCCAGGUAUAGCAGUUUCCCAUUAUUAACUUGCUUGUCUAGUCCUCAAAUUUCCUCCUGACUUCCCAAGGCUCUUGUUAUGGCUUUUGAGGGUCAGCCAAAGGAGAAGGCAAGUGAGUUGAAUAAUCCUCAGGAAAAGAAGGACCAUUCUGCUUCUGAACACUGUUCCCUUUUUUAGAAGAAAAUAGAUUAACAGGUAAUAAUCAGUUCUUGAUGGGAAGAUAGUUGACAUGAGAGAUGUACAAAGAUGGAAAUGAGAGAUGAUUCCAGGUGUUUAAGGAAGGCUGCAGAUGUCUUUACAAACUCCCAAGAUAAUGGUGUUUUCAAGACCUCUUAGAACUAGUAAGUUGUGAGGGCUAAUUUGGAGGGCUCAGUCUUCACAACACUCCUGCAGUCAUGACAGAAAUCUCAAAUCUCCAAAAACUCCUUCCUUUUAACCUUACCCCAGGAGAAACUGAUCUAUGAAAAUGACAUGUGUGAUUAUGAAAGAUGUAGUUGAGUGAGAGGAGUUGAGGAAUUGGGAGGAUAGUGAGUUCUCACCCUAACACUAUAAGAAGCAUGAUCUCAGUAGACCAAUAAUUCGCCUUUUUAUACAUCUGUAAAUAAAUGGAAUGUUUUUAAGAAUAUAAUUAUGUCAGAUUUAGCCUUUUCUUUUAUAUAUUAAAUAUAUAUCUUUC